CAUACUGCAGGUAGACGAUCCACCCCUCCACAGCCCUGAUUCGCAGGUUCUGCAUAGGAUAGCCAAGAUUCACACCGAAAAUUUCUGAAGACGGUCGCAACGUUGAUUGUUAGAGCAAUUGCUCCAAGGCUCCUCCGGAUACGCCUAACAUGUUAUUCUGCCCCAACUGCGCAAAUCUCCUCGUCAUUUCCGCAGAAACGGGUUACAACAAAUGGGCGUGCAACACCUGUGCAUAUGAAUUCCCAAUCACGAAGCAGAUGACCUCGAGGACGAAGCUGAAACGGAAAGAGGUCGACGAUGUUCUUGGGGGAGAAGACCAAUGGAAACAUGCCGACUCUACUAACGCUACAUGCCCAAAGUGCGACAACGGCCGUGCAUAUUUCUAUCAGCUGCAAAUCAGGUCGGCGGACGAACCCAUGACAACCUUCUACCGCUGUACAGCAUGCGGAAACAACUGGCGAGAAAACUAGACGUUAUUGUUCACCACCCGCGUGCUGUCUCAUUUAUCUUCUCGCAUGACCUACGUGUAUUACAUUUCACCUGCAACAG